CGUGCGUUACUGAUGAAAGCAAAGCAUGACAUGUGAAUGGAACUUUUUCUCAUAGGUUUACUCAUUCCUUUCUUUCCAUAUCUCCUCCUUUUUAUAUUAUCCAUUUUUCGUCAUUUUAAAGUAUAUUUUUUUCCUUCGGUAAUCGAGACGACUGUGUGCAAGGAGCAUCGACAGGACAUACGCAAAUUUAGUCACUCACAGUUUCUGUUUGGUGGUUCACUCGUGUGUCGGGAGGAUGCGGGUGCGCGUUUGGUUUUACUUGGCCGUCUUAUUUUCAUGCGUCAGCAGUUCACUGCUGAAGAAUGUUGAAACAGCCAGAUCAACAAGUAGAUGGGAUACUGUUCGCAAUUUGAUGCGUCAGGCCACCCGAGCUUUCUCUACAGGAAACCCACCGGGCAGCAGGAGUAGCAGAUCGAGAUCACUCAGCGGCAAUGAUUCAGUGUGCUCUAGAUUAUGGCGAUUACUAAGUGGGCGACGAAAUUCAGAUGAAGAAAUUCGACGUCAAAGAGCUAGACUUCGGGCCCAGGAUCCAUUUUCAUCACCUUAUGGCGAAUUAAGUCCACGACUACGACGCUACUUCGAAUAUCUCGGAGCUUCCAAUUGGGGGUAUCACUAUAGAGGGAGGAGAUCAGCUCCUUCUUGGGACUGGUCAAAUCAGCGAGUCGUUACUUAUACCUGGCGUGGAGAUAUUUAUCUCAUAACGGAGACUCAUUUUACCGAUGAAACAUACGCCCGUAUUCUGGAAGUGGCCCAACAAAACGCAAGGUUUUUGUUAGAAUUUACAGGGAUAAAUGUACCAAGAGAGUCAGAACCAUUGGUUCUUGUACGAACGCACGUAGAUCGCGGGACUCGAAGCUUUGUCUUCGUGAGAAGAGAGUUCGCGCACUUGGACUUUUUGCCAGCAGAUGGAUCUUUGCCAAACAUUUUAGAAAUGUAUGAAUUAUUGAACCAAGCACGAAUCGCGGCUGGACUCCCUCCACAUACUGAAACUCCCCGUGGCUCGUCGACUCCAUUUCCGGUGAGAGGCCACAACCGGGGCGAAGUAGAUCCGAGGGAUGAAGAGGCUCCCGACACUGAUAAUGAAAAGGAAAACGAUUCAAGUUGCAGGAUUUGCAUGGAAAGGAAGAUCAAGUUGGCGCUGAUACCAUGCAAUCAUGAAAUUUGUUAUACUUGCACCCAAACCAUGAGCGGAAGGAGAAUUGUUGAGAAUCAGCCUGUGCGAUCUUUCAAUUGCCCCUUUUGUCGUCGAAAAGUGACCGGCUACCGGCCGAAAUUCUACUCCGAUGGACCUGCCACUAAACCUGCUGAUGCUGAUGUUGACGUUCCUGUGACGUAAGAACGUAUCCCAACUUUCACGUGAUCCCUGUUCUCCGUAAGCCUCUGUGUUUCCUGGGGCUCAUGUCGAAAUUUCAAUUUCACAAUUACGUUGGCUGGUUUUCCAUAGAAAAAAUAAAGUAUCACAGGAAAUCUGCAACGUCGCAAACGGAGAUACGUGCUUUCGCACUAUGGUCACCACUAUGCCUCUAUUUAUUGGUUCCUCUACUUUUUUGAGUUUGCAUCCUUUGGACUUUAAAAAAUUACAUCUCCAUCAAUAAGUUUUGUUAUUCACCGGGCAAAUUCAUCCC